CGUUUACUUUAGGAACCAUGGGGUAUGACCAUCAAUUUUUGCGGGAAAAUAGUUUACGUGUUAUCGCAAUGAGAUGAGAUGUUUUGGCAAUUUGAAAUUAUUGACUUUGUAUGCCAUAAAUGCUGUAUUGUUUAUAUGUGGGAGGUUUGUGUGAAUUCUACGAUUGAUUGUAUGAAUGUUAAACAUUCGAUUCUUUUUUAUAGGAUGGGUGUAACGUGUAACAGAAACUAGGUUAGAAACUGAUAUUUAUAAAAAUGGCAAGUGUAUUAGAGGAACCAAAUGCACCAUGGACCAAAAAUUUGACAAGGCUACAUGAAAUAAAUUUUACUGAAGAUGUAAUCUUAACUUACAAUCAAGAUUCAAACUCCAAGAAAAGUGUGAACCUUGGAUAUAGGAUGUUCAAAGCACAUAAAACAUCAAAUGUUUUUAUUGCAAAUGAUGGUAACAAGAUAUUUGUAAAAGCUAACGUUCAAGCUUCUUUCACGUUAAGCAAAAAAUAUCUGUGCAAAAUACUAAUAUAUGUGCAUCUGAAAGUAGAAAUUGUCAAAGCGUCAUGUGGGUGUCCAGCUGGUCUUAGUGGUGCAUGUAAACAUAUAUAUACUUUGUUAUGGAGCGUUUUUGAUAUUGCGAAGACACACGCAAGUAACUUAACAGAAGUAGCGUGCACAUCAUUACCACGGAAGUGGGGUAUAGGAGCGAAAAGUAGGACUCCUAGAAGUGCAACCAAAUUUGCUGAAUUGAAUUUUAUAAAGCACGAUGUGAAAAGAAAGGCAAAGAACACUGAACGUUUGAUAUUACAGCGGAGAAAAAAUUUGGCAGACAUUCAACUAACUGUUCGGAUUGACAAAAAAUAUAUUGAAAUAUUAAAAAAAGGACUGGCAGAUAAUGGCAUAGGAGAAAUGUUUCAAGAUGUUUUGCAGGAAAAUCAUUUAAAGCAAAAUUCCCCUUUACCCUCACUUUUUCCUAAAGAAGCUGAAUUAUUGCCUAGUGACGAUGUUAAUCAUGAAGCUAUACAAGUACCAAUAUUAGAUUUGUGGAAAAAUGAAGUAGGUGAAAUAAUAGGAAGAAAUAACUAUAACGUGAAGUUGUUAGAAUGCUGCCAAAUAAACUUAAGUCAAGCCCAGGAUCUUUUCAAAAACACAACUACUCAAAGCGUAUCAGAAAGGUGGAAAAAAGAACGGAGUAAACGAAUUACUGCUUCCAAUUUUUAUGAAAUCAUUAGACGGAAAGCAAGUGUUACAAACGCGUUUGUAAAUAAAAUUUUUAAAUGUACAGAAAUACGACAAACUGCAGAUAUGGCACUUGGGUUGGCAAACGAGGAGAGAGCACUAGAGAAAUAUAAGAUAUCGAAGAAUCUUGUGGGCGAAGAAAUUAGUAAAGUGUUUGAUGUAGGAUUAGUAGUUAAUCCUGGGUGCCCAUUUUUAGGAGCGACGCCUGACAAAUUAGUUCAAUUUACAUCUGGCAAUAAUGUCCUUAUAGAAAUUAAAACUUUAACAAAAGCGAUGAAACUUGAACUGUCUGUCUGUAACAGAAAGUAUUAA